GACUAAGUUUGCAUAGACACCUCCCACGAUCUUUGCAGACCACACGCGAAGACUCUUAAUUGAGGCACACCUUCAUCAAACAAAAUUCAUCUUUGCAGUCAAUACGCGUUUUUCAUUCUGGACUCUACCGACUCUACAGAGGUCUCUGUGCUUUUAGAAAUCAAUGAGAAGAUGCCUCCACAUGUGCCAACGAAGAGGUUGCUCCAUAUUCCUUUUGCCUACAUACAAGCGUUCACAUUUUCCAUUCCAUUUGUCUCGCUGUUCACUGUGGUUAGCCUGGGCGUGUAUUUACAUCUGGACAAAGUCACAACUACCCAUUGCAAGGUACCGAAUAUAGUCCCUUCAAUAAGUGCAGUCAUCGGUGGUGUGACUCCGGAGAGAUAUAUUUGGCGGUUUGGAAUGGCUUUCUUUAGUUUUCCACAACUUCUUAACUCGUUUCUCUACUACAACUUCUUUGGGCAAUCUUCUGCUGCCAGUGAGAAAUGGUACCGUACUUUGAACAAACUGGUAUGGUUGCUGUUCGUUGUUCAAAAUCUAUCCUUGUUUGGGCUCACAUACGUGUCUUCGGUCGAGUAUUUCCCAUUCCAUAGAAAUUGUUUCAUCUUGUUUGUGGUCUGUUCAAUGCUGCACAUGAUUUUGUUUCUCACAAUUUUCUACUAUGGGAGGCCAUCCACUUACAGAGACAACAUAUCAUUUAGGCUGAGACUUGCAUUCGCUGCUUCCCAUAUCUCGAUUUUUCUCAUCAGUCUCUACUUUUACUGGAGACACAACACUUACUGUGAACCAUAUGUCUACAGUAUUUAUGGAUUCUGUGAGUACUUGGUUGUGCUAACCAACGUAGCAUUCCAAACUGUUCAGGCUGUGGAUUUCCAGAAUGACUACCACUUGACUAUAGAAGUAGCACGGCCCCACAAACCCUGAACUGUAGUAGUGAAUUGUCCAAUACUCCAAUACGUUUUAUAGCGUGUAUAUGAUAUUAAUUGAUCAAAGAUCAGCAAAAAAAUUAACAUCA